AUGACUCCUGGGCCGAUGAUAACUUCGACACCAGGUCCGUACAUGCUAUGUGCUGCGAAAGGGCGCGAGAGUGCCGCGCUUUUCCCCUUCGUCCCUCCAAUGGUCUCCCCUCUCUUGCACGCACAAUAUUUCACUGCAUGCCAGCACCCACCAGCACGAACCGCAUCGUCAUGCCUCCACCUCGUUAUUCCAUCCCUCCCAUGCGCUCCCUCUGAACCCCCAACCUCCGUCCGUCCGGUCCGUGCGCGGGCCAGGUGCGCGCCUGACGCGAGUGCGGCGUCGCUGGUGCCGCAGGUGCAGUCGGAGGACGAGUGCGUGGAGGACCUCCGGGGCUUCCCCGCGUUCGACGUCAAGCAGCACGACGUGCGCCUCUUCGCAUGCCUGGCGCACCGCUUCCUGCAGCCGUGGAUGGGCAUUCCGGGGAUCAAGGAGGGGCUGGGAGCCCGCGGCAUGAUCGCGCCGGGUCUGCUGAACGCCAUGGCGAAGGUUGGCGGGGUGAUGUCGUGCUCCGCGCACGUGCGCAUAGUGAAAGGCGCCAUCUACUUCCGCUAUGGCGGGUUCGAGUUCGAAUGGUACCGCAUGCGGCGCUUCGUGUUGUCCAUUCUGAUGAUCCAGGAGGCCAUUCGCAUGUAUGGGCUCACCUCGCUCAACGCCGAGUUCUUUCUCAACACGUGCGACCUGCCCGCCAGCACUGCUGGGUCACGCGCCAGUGAGAAGGCCGGGAUGCCCAUCUUCAGCCCGCAGGGGUCGCUAGGGUUUGUGGAUAUUCUCUACCCCGACCCGGUGGACCUCUCCAUGCACUACUACAGCGAAAACAACGGCACGAUGCCGUGGGAGCGGAAGAGGAGUAAGGCAGUGUUCAGAGGUGCUGCCACAAACUUCAAGAUCAAUCGGCCCUACCAGUGGAGAGGCAGUCCCAGGUUUAGACUUCACCGCAUGUCGGAUGUGCGGCCUGACCUCCUGGACGCCCGCAUUAUGCGACUCCACGCCGCAAAAUACAAAGACCUUUUGAGCAAGGACAAGAUCGUGAAGGGCAGGGCAUUCAAUCGGUCGCAGCUGCAGUCGUACAAGUACGAGCUUGUAGUGGAUGGCGGUUCAGGAACGUGCCGUACAUGUGGAGUCAUGGCCAGUGACCAACUGAUGAUCAAGCAAACGUCAGAGCUGUAUCAGUUCUUUGGUCCUCUGCUCUGCCCCUUCCGCCACUUCCUGCCCACGGCCCGCUACUUUGCGGACCUCUUCUCUCGCAUUGAGUGGGCUCGAGCCAAUGACCAGCAAGCACGGAAGAUCAACAAGGAGGCCAACAAGGUUGCAAGCAAGGUAAAGGCGCCUGAGCAGCUAUUUGAAUGCAAGGAUCCACCGAAGCAGCAGGACAUUGAGCCGCGACGUAGUGCCAAGGACAAGAGACCGACCCCUCCUCUCUGGCCAGCGUACUGCAGUUCGCCUGAAGAGGAUGCCAAUCAAUCUCCAUGUGCACAUUUUUGUGAAGGCAAGAUGGCGGAGAGCAAAUGGAAGUGGCUCACACCAGAGGUCUUCAAGGGGCUGAGGGCAUUUCAUCCGCCACAAGCCACCUAG